AGAAAAAUAUCUGGAGCAAGCACUUUCUAUCAAUAAAAAAUUAUUACCAAUUAAGCAUCCAGAUCUCGUGGUGAUAGGUAAUUAUUCAUCUGCAUUGACCAGUAUGAAGAAAGCGCUUGAAAUUCAACGAAUAUCAAUGUCAAAAAAUCAUCCAUCAUUUGUACGUAUAUAUAACAAUAUUGGUGCACUUUGUUUAAUUAAACAUGAAUACAAUGAAGCAUUAAUGGAUUAUGAACAUGCUUUAAAUAUUGCUUCAAAAUGCUUACCGUCAAACGAUCCCUUUAAUGGGACUAUAUAUAAUAAUAUUGGAAAAAUCUAUAAAUUAACUGAUCAAUACGAUAAAGCACUGGAGAAUUCUCAAUUAGCAAUGAAAAUAUAUUCAGAAACUUUGUCAUCAAAUCAUCCAGAAGUUGUACUAUGUCAAGAAAACAUUAAUACACUUAGGUGA